CAGUUGACGAAGGAAAUUGAUGAGGAGUUGGAGCAUGAUAAAAAUGAUAUGCGCGAUGGAAACGUGGAGGAUCGAUGGAAUUCGCAGGCAUCGAUGAUGUUGGAGUGUUUAAUUGAUGUUUCGGUGUUGGAGCGAUCAAUCGUGGUUUAG